CUCUCCCUCUCCCCUACAGCCGUUCGCGGGGAGCGAGCGGAGGCGGGCGGGGGCUGAAGCAGCGGCGGACGGCGGGAGCUGAAGCGGCGGCGGCGGAGGUAGGUUGGAGUCCAUGUCGUGCCGCUGCCACCACCACCCGCACCACCCGACGGCCGGCAUCGAGAUGUCGUCGGCGGCCGAGCUCCCCUCUGCGGGUGUCGCGGCGGCUGGCGGAGACUGCGGCGAGCGGCGGCGGCUGCACGGAGUCCCGAGCGGCGGAGGCGCAGGUGUGGAGCGGCGGCCUGCGAGCGGCGCGACGGAGACGCGGGUGUGGCGGCGGCGACCUGCAGGUCGAGCAGGGCGCGGCCGAGCUCGCCGUACCCCGCCGCGUGUGCCUCCCGCCGCCGCCGCUGUGGUCUCCUCCAUCUUCGCCGUGGUGGAGCUCAGCCCGGGCACCGCCGCCGCCCGCAGGCGAUCAGCUACACCGUCCGCUCCGACCGCCUCGACGCGCUCGCGCUGCUCCUCCUUCUCGCAGCAGAUAUACCCCAUGGUGAACGAAGACGCGCAGUACGGCGACGAGCUCCGGGCCGUGUGCCCGCCGGAUGCGGAGGAGACGGCGUGGGUGCACCUGGACCACGGCACGCCGGGGGAGCUCGACAGCCAGUGCUACGUACAGGAACGUGCUCGCCGGGAAGGUGCUGGCUAUUCAACUCGGAUCACUGGGCACUGAUCAGCGAAGCGGCGACGAGGCAGAUGGUCGAGGACAACGCGGUGAACCAGUCAGCCCUUUGCUUGUUGGCUUGCCGCUUGAUGUUAGUACACACAUGCACUGCCUGUUGCUACCGCUUGUGCUUGCUAGCCGCAGUCCAGCCAGUCCUCAUCUGUCGCCCCUUGCCGAUUGCCUCGGCAACCAGCAGGAGAAUGCUCAACGCAGAUGCCUCCCAACUCGCGUGUGGUUGCGUCGUUGUCGGCUGGCUCAGCACGCCGACCGCGUCCAUCGGCGGCGGCGGCGCCUCCCCCGCCCGCGCCGCUCCUCCCGCCUUCAACGCCGCCGCCGUCGCAAGUGCAGGAGAAGCCGCCGCCGGAUGCUGCCAUCUUCGAGGGGAUGCCGACGCGAGUCGCGGUGGCGAGACGCAAGCGGCCCUUACGCGUUCGUGGGCGCGGCGGGAGAACGGCGGAGGCGGGUGCGUCGUGGCCGGCAGAGAGGGCGUGGAGCACAGUGGUGGAUAGUGCAGUCACGAGGCCGAGGGUGGCGAGGACACGGCCAUUCUCGUGGCCCGUUUUCUUCCUUCCGACGGCCAACCUUCCACGGCGGGCUCGAUCUCCGCCGCCGCCGCCGCUCCGGCCCUCGCCCGCAUGCCGCCGUCACCGCUCCAGUGCCACUCCCAGGACUCCGCCGCCGCUGGCCACCGUCCCACACUCGCGGAGAGAAAGAGAGAGGGGAGAAUAUGAUUUAUGUGAGCCCCACAUGACAGUGGGUCCCACCCAUACUUUUGGUGAAUGACAAAUGGGUCCCACGUAUAUAUUUUUA